AUGACAGCCCCCCAGCCCAGCCCCGCUGGAGGGAGCCUGGGGCCUGCGGCCGAGGGGGACAGGGCUGCCUCCAAGGCACUAGAGGAGACCCGCCCAGCCCCCGAGAAGGCAGAGGGCAGCAAACUGAAGUCACCCUGGCAAGCAGCUGGCAUCUGCCCCCGAACCCCUUCCUGGUGCCCCUGGAGCUUCUGGGUCGGGUGGCCACCCCUGCUAGGAGAAAGGACUCCAGGCCCAGCCAAGGAGCUUCAGAGACCCCCACCCAGAAGCCCCCAGCCUGCAGAGCGAGCGGACCCAGCCCUGCCCCUGGAGAAACAGCCGUGGUUCCACGGCCCCCUGAACAGGGCGGAUGCGGAGAACCUCCUGUCCCUCUGCAAGGAAGGCAGCUACCUAGUGCAGCUCAGUGAGACCAGCCCCCAGGACUGCUCCUUGUCUCUCAGGAGCAGCCAGGGGUUCCUGCAUCUGAAGUUCUCAGGGACCCGAGAGAACCAGGUGGUGCUGGGUCAACACAACGGGCCCUUCCCCAGCGUGCCUGAGCUGGUCCUCCACUACAGUUCCUGCCCCCUGCCUGUGCAGGGAGCCGAACAUCUGGCCCUGCUGUACCCUGUGGUCACGCAGACCCCCUGA